CUUUCUUUGGUAUAUAAAAUUCAACAAAACACUUUGAUCCAAAUCCAAGAACAAGUUUCCCAAAUGGCUUCAUUUUCUAAAGUUUUCUGUACAUCCCCCAGUUCCCCCAUUGCCAUUAAAAAAACUUCACGAAUCAACAGCAAUCCUCCUUCAUCAUUGUCCAUGAUCCCUAGAUGUAAUGCUUACAAAGAACCCAGUUUCGUUUCUACACCUGUACAACACGUUGAUUACAGAUAUGGGAAUCCCAAUAUCACAGAUGAGUUUCUGGAUGAAUAUGCAAGCAAAUUGGAGGGGUUCAAGCGAGUAUUUAAACUAGUUAGUGAAGACCCUUUACAGGGUUUGACUAUGAUUGAUGCUAUCCAACGGCUAGGAAUCGAUCACCAUUUCCAACAUGAGAUUGAGCAGGUUCUGCAAAGACAGUUUAUGUUAUCUGCAAAUGGUAAUGGAUUUCAUAACUAUGACCUUCAUGAGGUUGCCCUUCGUUUUCGGUUGCUCAGACAAGAAGGCUACUUUGUCCCUGCAGGAGUGUUCGACAGGUUCAGAGACAGGGAAGCCAGUUUCAGACAUGAACAUUGCAGGGACAUCAAAGGACUAAUCGAACUAUAUGAAGCAUCACAACUAGGCAUGGAUGGAGAAGAUAUUCUUGAUGAAGCAAGAGAAUUUAGUUCCCAGUCCCUGAGAAAAUGGCGAAUGGCCAAAGUGGACCUUUUCUCUGAGAGGGCUAUAAGGAACACAUUGGACCAACCUUUUCAUAAAACCCUAUCAAGAUUCACAGCAAGAAACUUGUUAGGCACUGAUUUCCAAGGCACCAAUGGAUGGAUAAAUAUCCUCCAAGAACUAGCCAAAAUGGAUUUCAAUCUAGUUCAGUCCUUACACCAGAAAGAAAUUGCCCACAUUUCCAAUUGGUGGAAGCAGCUAGGUUUAGCCAAGGAAUUGGAGUUUGCUAGGGAUCAACCAAUGAAAUGGUACAUUUGGUCCAUGGCAUGCCUCACUGAUCCAACCUUAUCAGAGCAAAGGAUUGAUCUCACAAAGCCCAUUUCCUUAAUCUACAUAAUAGAUGAUAUUUUUGAUGUUUAUGGGACACUUGAUGAACUCACUCUUUUUGUGCAAGUUGUGGAGAGGUGGGAUUAUGCUGCAAGUGAUAAGCUACCUUAUUACAUGAAAAUAUGCUUCAAAGCUCUUGAUGAUAUCACUAAUGAAAUUAGCCAAAAGGUGUACAAGGAACAUGGUCGGAACCCUAUCAACUCCUUAAGGAAAGCUUGGAGCACCUUGUUUAGAGCAUUUUUGGUAGAAGCACGAUGGUUCGGUUCAGGGAAUUUGCCAAAAGCUAAUGAGUAUUUGGAGAAUGGGAUCAUUAGCUCAGGUGUACAUAUAGUUUUGGUUCACAUCUUCUUCCUCCUUGGCAUUGGCUCGACUGAUCAAAAUGUGGAACUUAUUGACAACAAUCCAUCCAUAAUCUCAUCCACUGCUACAAUCCUUCGUCUAUGGGAUGAUUUGGGAAGUGCCAAGGAUGAGAAUCAAGAUGGACAUGAUGGGUCCUAUAUUGAUUGCUACAUGAAAGAGAAUCAAGGCAUUGAAGUUGAAAAUGCUAGAAAACAUGUUAUCAACAUGAUUGCCAAUGAAUGGAAAUUGCUUAACCAACAAUGCAUUUUCCAAAAAUCAUUUUCCAUGACUUUCUGCGAGGCUUCUCUAAAUAUUGCAAGGAUGGUCCCUUUGAUGUAUAGCUACGACGAAAAUCAAUGCCUUCCAAGCUUGGAUAAGUACAUGAAAUCACUUCUCUAUCAAAGUAUACCCAUGAAAACUCUUUUACCGACAAAAUUGUAAACAAACAAAAAAAAAAAUCAUUUGUUUCAAAAUUAUGAUUUUUUUUUAUAAUUAAACUAUCUUUUAUAUUUAUUUUAUGGUACAUGAAAAUCUUUUUGAA